CUUAUUUCCCUUUAUAACACGUAAUCGUUUGGAGACACGGACGUUGGUGUGUUUGGAUUACAUUGUUAUUCUUGUAAAUUAUCCUUUAAAAACAGCCAAACAAAGCAACACCAUUACUUUUGGAUUAAUAACAAAGAAUAACAAUAUAUUACAAAGAUGUCUGUUGAAGAAUUACAGCGAAAAAUUCAUCAGCUUGAAGAAAAGUUGGCUGUUUAUGAACAGCAAGAUGUCACAUCUGGUCUCAAACGAACGAAAAUCGACGUAAUGAGCUCCGAAGUCGUUGAUUCCAACCCUUACAGUCGAUUAAUGGCAUUGAAACGUAUGGGAAUUGUUGACAAUUAUGAGGAUAUUCGUAAUUUUUCUAUUGCUGUUGUUGGUGUUGGAGGUGUUGGCAGUGUGACAGCUGAAAUGUUGACAAGAUGUGGAAUUGGAAAGUUAAUUUUGUUUGACUAUGAUAAAGUAGAGCUGGCCAAUAUGAACAGGCUAUUUUACCAACCUCAUCAAGCUGGAAUGAGUAAAGUUGAAGCAGCUGAGAGAACAUUGAAAGAAAUCAAUCCUGAUGUGCAAUUUGAAGUCUUUAAUUACAACAUUACUACAAUGGACAACUUUCAACAUUUUAUGAACAAAAUUAAAACUGGUGGAAAAACUGAAAAUUCUCCUGUGGAUUUAGUUCUGAGUUGUGUUGAUAAUUUUGAAGCAAGAAUGGCUAUCAAUACUGCUUGUAAUGAAUUAGGUCAAGUUUGGAUAGAGUCUGGAGUAAGUGAAAAUGCUGUGUCUGGACACAUUCAGCUUGUCAUUCCAGGAGAGACCCCAUGCUUUGCUUGUGCCCCACCUUUGGUUGUUGCAACUAAAACUGAUGAAAAGACAUUAAAGAGAGAGGGUGUCUGUGCUGCUAGCCUUCCUACCACCAUGGCAAUUGUUGCUGGUUUCCUUGUACAGAAUACUUUAAAAUAUCUCCUGAAAUUUGGAACAGUCACUCCUUACCUUGGCUACAAUGCUCUUGAAGACUUUUUCCCAACAAUGAGAAUGAAACCAAACCCUCAGUGUGAUGAUAGAUUCUGUCUUAAACAACAAGAAGAAUACAAGAAAAGAGAAGCUUUGAAACCAAAAGAAGUUUUACUUGAAGUAGAAGAGUCUCCAGUUGAACAUGAAGAAAAUGAAUGGAAAAUAGAACUGGUAUCUGAAACAAGUGAAGAGGAGCUGAAGGCAGCUACAGGAGACACACCAAUUCUUAGUGAAGGAAUCAAGUUGGCAUACACUGUUCCAGAUAACAAUACGUCAGGAAAAGAGGCAACUGUCGAAACAUCAGGAGUUAGCAUAGACGACUUAAUGUCUCAGCUGAAGUCUAUGUAGUUGUUGUUGCUCUCCACUUUAUGAUAAAUGAAAUACAAAACCUGUCUAUUGAAGAACACCAGAACUGAUUCGAUUGUGCUGAAUACAUGGCUCUUUGAAAUGAUGUUCCAAGACCAUUCUUAAUUUCUCUGAGAUACAAUAAUUUGUAAUAUAUAUUUAUACAGUUGUGAUCAUAAUUUUAAAAUGAAUGCUACUGACGUAUUCAUGUGUUACUAUCUACCAGUUAUGCUGUGCAUGACUUUUACAUUCCUGAACACCAGCUUGAUAAUAACUACUAUUCUUGCCAAUUUGGAAUGCGAUCAUAAGAUGAAGAUGAAGAUCAACACCAAAACCAGUGGAUAACCAAAAGGGUACCAAGGGUAUCUUCCUGACAACAUAUAUAUACACACCUACAUGUAUAUGUGCUUAUUUGAAAACAUUUUCUUCAAUUUAUAACGUAAGUUAUUUAACUAAUUUAUAAAAUUGGAAGAGGGUGGAGAAUCAGUUGGACUUAGAAAAAUAUCCAACUGAAAAUUAUGCUUUUGUAUUCCUGCAUUAACUAAUGAAAAAACCAGAGCAACAGGUCUUGUCUAAAAACUUGCUGUCAUGGUUGUAUCAACCUGUAGUCUUUUUAAGUUGUUCAUUAAUGUUUUCAGUUUCUUACAUCUAAUCUAUGGUAAUCUUCUCAGUUGCUAACUUGGCUUUUAAAUCCUUCAGCUGUACUUUAAAGGAAGUUCACUGUAUGACUAACAGAUCUGGCAGGCGUUGCUGAAAAGUCUCUCAUUAAAUGUUUGCCACAAAAUCAUUGUCAAUUAAUUCUAUGAUUGACAUCAGUAUAAUAGAAUGUCUUUAACAAUUCACACAUAUACACAAACAUUUGGUUGGUUGAGAGUUGAUUUCUCCCAUUUACAAUGUCUUCAUAUUCCAGCAGAAUAAAAUCAACUGUUUUUACCCUAUCAAAGAGGGGAAUUAACAGAUGUUAUUACUUGGCAAAAAUAAAAUAAAAAUUAGCAGGCAACAGUAAUACACCUGAUUAUACAUUUAAAAUGUGUUAUAUAUAUAUCAGUGGAAGAUUAUGUGGAUCAUACAGGAAGGUCAAAAUUCUCACAAUACCAUUGAUAUAUCAUUUACAAAAGAAAGGCAUAUGUUCUUUUUUUUUUUUCCUUAGGUAAUGUUAGAUCAUAUGUAGCCUGUCUUAUUCACCCAAUAAAAUUCUUAAUUGAAUUUACCUGCACUGUAUAAAUUUUGUAGUUUUUACUUAAAGCCAGUCAUUACCAGCUGGGUUGAACAAAUAUUUUUCUCAACAGCACUAGAAUUAUGGGUAUAUUUCUUCAAUAUGCAUUAUUUAAAAAAACCUGCUAACUGUAUAAAUUAUUUCAGGAAUAAAAGUAAGUCUUGUUAAAAUCUUUCUUCAGUAAAAAAA